GCUUUGGCUCGCAACGCCAGCCAGCCAGACCUCUCGGAGGCCGAGGUGCGCCACCUGCUGGAGCAGCUGCGGGCCCUGAUCAGCUCCGACCCGCAGUUCGCAGAGGCCUCGAGCUCCGAGAGCGAGGAGGACAGGCCGCUGGACCACCUCGUGGCCCCUGCUCAGAGCCGCGUGCCCCGUCGGGCCAAGAAGGGCGCCCUCGCGAAGCUACUGGGGCCACCCGUGGUACACCAGUUCAGCGUCUUCGCUAACGUGAGUCGAGUGACCGACAUCCCGCUGGAAGCCCUGGACGACCUCCUGGUGCAGUUCAUCGACCGACCGAUCAG